CGUCCUGUCAACACCCACCCCCGCGUCAUCCGCAAAUCCUCGAGCGAACCAACUUUUUCCUUGCUCCUCAACCUCUCAAAACCCUCGUAGAAAGUUUCUAAGACUUAUAGUGGCUGAGCAUUGUGUUGAGCCUGGACUGUGGUGGUUCUCGGACACUACCUGGUGCAUUGUGAAAGUAUAUACAAGGAGAGAGAGAGAGAAGGAGAGAGAAGGAGAAGGAAGUUAGAGUGUGCUUAAAACCUUCACUUUCCUUCAACUCUCAUCUCGGGAAUUAGUGUUUUGAGAAAGUGAUCGUAAGUGUCCAAUAAAGGCCUAUUUAUCUAGUCUAUAAUAAGCACUUAGGGCAUCACAAGAACCCGGAAUUAAAGUGCCACAAAAGGUCACAAAAACCUCGAUAAUGUGACCUUAAACCAUCAAGGGGGAAAAGAAGAAUAGGUCAUCGCUAAACUUGACCCGGUGAUGGAAAAGAUGAGUAGCAGCGAGUGAAUAAAACAAGAGAUCUGACGAAGGCGUGGAUGUGGACCCCGCCUCUUGGAGUGACUAUCUCAAUACACUGUUUGACCCCGUGUUUGACCCCAGCGUCUCCUCUAAUGUGUCAGCUGUGGAAGGUCAAACUGCCCAUUUGGUCUGCAGAGUUAACAACUUGGGCACUAAGACGGUGUCCUGGAUCCGCCAUAAGGACACAAACAUCCUGACAGUGGGCCCUUUCACCACACCAGCACCACAGUGUGUCAAGUAUCAACCACCCAUACGAGCUUAUCUCAUCACCCUGGAGGUCGUAGUACCAAAGGCGACGAUCCUGCACGCCCCUGAGCUCUAUACCGACGAAGGAGGAGCACUUAACCUGACGUGUGUUGUGAGUCCAAGUCCUGCACCGCCAGAGUACAUCUUUUGGUACCACAGGGGCGAGGUUAUUAACUACGAGAGUGACCGUACUGUGCGGGUGAGUGUAAGGCAGGAGGAUGGCCGCACCGUGUCCACACUCCUUGUGGCCAGGGCCGCACUAGACCACUCAGGGCUCUACCAGUGUGCCCCAUCUAACACCAAGCGGGCAUCUAUAAUGGUUCAUGUGUUUAAAGCGGAGGAGCCAGCGGCCAUGCAGACAAGCAGCAGCACGUUAAUACAGCAUGGGCCCUCCCCCUGCCUCCUGCUGCCCGCUGCUGUGUUGCUGCGUCACCUGUUAUACCACGGAGGGCGGGUCACCUAGGUGGCUCAUCUCCACCUGUACAGCAGCUGGUCUUGGUGACACCUGUACAGCAGCUGGUCUUGGUGACACCUGUACAGCAGCUGGUCUUGGUGACACCUGUACAGCAGAGGGAGUGGUACGACACCUGUACAGCAGCUGUUCUGGGACGACACCUAUACAGCAGCUGUUUUUGAAUGGCACUUGUACAGCAGCAGUUGUUAUUGGAUGACACCUGCACAGCAAUGACUGUUCCUAGGUCGUUCUGUUACCGCUGUUUUGUUUGCUUUCUGUGACAUCUGUACAGCGGCUGUUUUUUGAUAAUAUGCAGCAGCAGGCUUAGGGUGACACUUGUACAGCAGCAACUGGUUUGGGGAGAUAUUUUUACAGCAGCUGAUCAUGGAUGACACCUGUACAGCAGCUGUUCUAGGACACCUGUACAGCAGCUGUUCUUGUACGACACCUGUACAGCAGCUGUUCUUGUACGACACCUGUACAGCAGCUGUUCUUGGACGAUACCUGUACAGCAGC